UCCCACAAUGUCGUCCUCCCUCCUCCUCCUCCUCCUCCCCUUCUUCCUCCUCCUCUCUUCCAUUGCCGCCGCACCAUCUUCCGUUCAGACCCUCAACACCCUCUUCAACCCCAAGCUCCCCCCACGCAGCCUCUCCUCCUCCAAGAAGUUCGAAGGCUCCUCAGAUCUAGUCCACCUCCGCUACCACAUGGGCCCCGUCCUCUCCUCCCACCCCAUCAACAUCUACCUCAUCUGGUACGGCCGUUGGUCCCUCCCCCAGAAGCUCCUCAUCAAGGACUUCCUCCUCUCCAUCUCCACCACCGCCGCCCCUUCCCCCUCCGUCGCCGAGUGGUGGCGCACUGUCUCCCUCUACACCGACCAGACCGGCGCCAAUGUCUCACGCUCCGUUGUCGUCGCCGGGGAACACGCUGACGUUAAAUACUCCCAGGGGAAGGCCCUCACGCGCCUCUCCGUGCAGCAGGUGAUAGGUAACGCCGUCAGAUCUGCGCCGUUUCCGGCCGACCACAAGCACGGGAUCUACCUCGUACUCACCUCCGACGACGUCACCAUGCAGGACUUCUGCCGCGCCGUCUGCGGCUUCCAUUAUUUCACAUUCCCUUCCAUGGUGGGUUAUACUCUCCCUUACGCUUGGAUCGGUAACUCCGCCAAGCAGUGCCCGGAGGUCUGCGCCUACCCGUUUGCGCUUCCUGCCUACAUGGGCGGAGGAGGCCCCGGAGCUCUGUCGCCGCCGAAUAAAGAUGUCGGCGUCGACGGGAUGAUCAGUGUCAUCGGGCACGAGCUGGCCGAGCUGUCGUCGAACCCUCUUGUGAAUGCUUGGUACGCCGGGGAGGACCCGACGGCGCCGACGGAGAUCGGGGACUUGUGCGAGGGGCUGUACGGGACGGGAGGCGGAGGAGGGUACAUUGGGCAGGUGAUGAAGGAUAGAGGAGGGAGGACGUUCAAUGUGAAUGGGAGGAAAGGGAGGAAGUUCUUGCUGCAGUGGAUUUGGAGCCCUGAGCUCAAGGCCUGUGCUGGGCCUAAUGCUUUGGAUUAGAUUCAAAUCAUAUUUGAAAAAGAAAAAAAUGUACUAUUUUUUGGUUUCUAGAUUUAUAGAUAGAUAGUUAGAGAUUAAG